AUGUCCCGCCGCCAAUGGACACACACGCCCAUCAGGGAGCUGCACGCGCCCGUGCCACCACCAACCCAUCUUACACCCGAACCACCACUACACUUGCUGUCACCGCUUGGGUCUGAACUCGAUAUACCUGGCUAUAGAUGCAGCACACAUGUCUUUCCCGCUGCAUGGCCGCGCAGCACUCCAUUCGUACCGUAUCCGGAUGAUCUGCAGGGGCUAGAUCGAAUUGAGAGGAAGGAGGAGAGGAAAGCGCGUCUGGCACGGGUAGCGGAUACCAUGCUUGCCAUCAAAGCUGCGUACGAGCGUGAAGGCGGCGACGCGCAGAAUGACGAGAGCGGGCGAAUAUUAUGGAUGACGGCGACGCGCUGGGUGCGCACGACAGGCGCGAGUGCCGGCACGGGUGGCAAGACUUUACUAUGCACGCACGCGAACGGUCUACACGGCUCAACUUACGCGCCUGUCCUACGGCGCUUACUCGCUCAGAGGCAAGAUAUUGCCGAAGUUUGGGCUCUUGACGGCGUACAACAUGGCGAUGCGGCACUCUUGAACGCCGGGAAACUGGGCAUACUGUACGAUUGGCACGAAAUGGCCCGCGAUGCACUCUGCUUCCUUCAGCACUUCCUACCGUCCGAACUCGAUCCCACGCCACUACCAACAUCACUACCCCGCCUCUCGUUGAACACUUCCUUCCGCAAAGUCUACGGACUGGGUCACUCAUUCGGUGGAUGCUCCUUGGUCCUCGCUGCAUACCGCAACCCAGAGCACUUCGCCGCCCUGAUGCUCGCAGACGCGGUCAUCGUACCGGCUGACAUGGACCGUUCCACCCGGCGUGCGCCCGGCUGGGUCGCCCCAGACGGCACCAAGACGUCUGGCGGCCACAACUCAUUGCCGUCCUACGUGAUCGGUGCGCUCAGCCGACGCUCGCGAUGGCCCUCACGUACAGCCGCGUACGAAGCUCUCGCUUCGAACCCAUUUUUCGGCUCCUGGGACAAGGAUGUGUUGGACAUCUAUGUCAAGCACGCGUUGGUGGAGGAGAAGGAGGGAGGAGAGGUGCGCUUGAAAUGUGAGGGUGUUAGCGAGGCGGCUGUGUUUGCUGAAGCACGGGCUCCGCGAGAGGCGUGGAGCGCGUUGCCGAAGCUUGACGGGCGUAUACCGCUGUUGUGGAUCAAUCCACCCGCGGGCGAAAGUUUGGUUCAGACGCAAGAGAUCGCGGAUGCUCGCGUCCGUCUACGAUCACCCAACAGCGCACAUGUCACCAUACCGAAUGGUACACAUCUGAUCGUGCAAACCCAUCCGCGUCAAGUCGCGGAGGCCGCACACCUUUUCUUGCAAGCUGUCGACUCGGGAGCUGUCGGCGACGUGCACGAACUGCUGUUGCGGAACUCGGAGGGCACGACGCCAGCUCAAUCUGGAUCUCGCGCUCGGUUAUGA